CAGUUUAAUAAUCGAUUUUAUUUUUAAGGCAAUGCAGAUUUAUUUCAAAUUAGCUUAUAAGUACUAAUUUAAGGAAAUUUUAAGUUUGAAGAUAAUAAAUUAUACCUCUUUGUAUAUUCGAAACAUCUUUUGCAAAUUUGUACCUAUGUUAUUUAAUUUUGUCUUUUGUAAUGUAGUUUAUUUUAUUUAUAUUAUUAGUUGCAACUUAGCAAUAAUGAAAUGAAAAGGCAAUACGUAAUAAUUUAAUUUUCUAGCUGAAUUUUUCAUUGUAAUUUUUGUCUAUUUCUUUUUCAACUUGUUUUUUAUUUAAUCCUUGAGGCUUGUAGGUCAUGUCGAGCUAUUAGAUAGUUAUUUAUUUCGAUGUAGUAUUUUGUUUUAUAUUCGGAGAAUAAAACUCUAUUUGAGUAGAUACAUUCUUUUGUGUUAUGUAUGGUCUCUUAUUUUGACACUUUGUUUAUCGUCACGAAGUCAUCGAAAACUGUGAAGCAAGAAUCAAUACAAUCAUUUUGGGCAUUUUCAACAAAGCAUUAUUUUUUAAACAUAAAUCUGUAUUCACCCCCCUCGAUUUUAUUUGAAUCUAAACAUCCAAGUAUUUAAGAGUCAGAAAGUUUUAUUCAAGGCAAUGAGUAUGACAUCAAGAAAAGCAAUUUGUGCAUUUGUGAUUUCGAUAUUGUACUUAAUUGAUAAAUGUGAGGGGAAAAAACCGCAUAUUAUUGUCAUCAUAGCUGACGAUCUUGGAUGGAAUGACGUAAGUUUUCACGGUUCAAAUCAAAUUCCAACACCAAAUAUAGAUGCUCUCGCUUAUAAUGGAGUAAUUCUUAACCGACAUUACACACAACCAACUUGUACACCUUCUAGAACUGCUUUUCUUACAGGACUUUAUCCAAUUCGCACUGGAAUGUAUGGUAAUCCACUUCGACCUUCAGAACCAAACGGCAUACCUCUAAAUUUUACAUUGUUCCCAGAACAUAUGAAAAAAAUAGGAUAUGUUACACGACUUAUUGGAAAAUGGCACACAGGUUACUUUACAGCUAAUCACACACCGACGUAUAGAGGAUUUGAUUCAUUCUUUGGAUAUUACAACGGGUAUAUCAAGUACUUCAAACAUACAAUCAAUGAUGAUUUUCAUACAGGACAUGAUGUUCAUCGUGAUUAUCCAAAUAAUUUAACUGUAGCUUAUCCAAGUGGAUAUUUCACUGAUAUCAUCACUCAAGAGGCUGAAAAACUAAUCCGUAAUCAUAAUAACAAAAAUCCCUUGUAUCUUCAAAUUGCCCAUUUGGCAGUACACGCAAGUGACAAUAAAGAUCCACUUGAAGUUCGAGAUGUUAAGGAAAUAAAUUUGAAAUUUGGACACAUCAAAAAUAUAAAAAGAAGAAAAUAUGCAGGAAUGGUCCAUGCUUUGGAUGAAUCUGUAGGUCGCACAGUAAGGGCUCUGCAAAAUGCGAAUAUGUUAAAAGAUUCGAUAAUCCUAUUUAUUUCUGAUAAUGGUGCCCAGUCAGUAGGACACAAUGUGGGUUCAAAUUAUCCAUUACGAGGGCUAAAGUUCACUACUUAUGAAGGAGGGGUUCGUGGAGUGGCAUGCAUUUAUUCACCUUUAAUCAAAAAUGCGCAGCGAGUUUCCAAUGAUAUGAUUCAUAUCACAGAUUGGCUUCCCACAUUUUAUUCAGCGGCUGGGGGUAAUAUUGCAAAUUUGGGCGAACUUGAUGGAGUGGAUCAAUGGUCAACAGUUCAAGUUGGUGAAAGAAGUUCCAGAGAUUUUAUAUUGAUUAAUAUCGAUAGAAAUUCCAGAAAUGUUGCAGCGAUUCUUGGAAAUUUUAAAUUGAUUAAAAGCCCACUUUAUUCCAAAUAUUAUGGGGAUCUAGGGCACUGUAGAAGAUGCCCAGCCUACAAUCUGACAUCAAUAAUAUUGUCUUUAUCAAAUCAAGCAAUUAAUACUGUUUCAAAUGUCAAGCUUACUUUAACAAAAAUUCCGAAACUUCGUUCAAUGAGUCACGUUCGUUGCCGAAAUUUGGCAAAGUUCAUUGCACCUGUUGGAACCUCUUUAUUUGACAUUUUCAACGAUCCCUGUGAAAGUAUAAAUGUAUAUUCAAAGUAUCCAGAGAUCACUUGGAAUUUGAAGCAUAUAAUUAACGACUAUCGUCAAGUGAUGAUGCAGCACAAUCUUUUCGACAGAUUUUCAGACCCUGCAAGCUACCCAGAAAAUUUUCGUGGCUCGUGGAUGCCGUGGAUUGAUAAAUUAUGAUAUUUAUUCAUUCAAGAAUGUUCAGAUAUCUUUUCUAUCACCUGUAAUUUGUAUCAUUUUGAUUAUUCACUUUUGAGAUAAAAACACAAUAUUAUCUGAGGUAAACA